AUGGCUAACGCUUUCCUAUAGCAUCUCUCCCUUCAUGCUUCAGCGUCAGCGGCACGCAGUGGCCAGUCAUCAUGGGUUCAGUGCAAGAUGAAGCAUUGUAAUUCCCGCAACCAUCGUUCAUCGCAGGAGCUACUCUUCCAUCUUGAGAAGGCCCACUUGGACCGCGUAUCCCUUGACUGCCCCGUUGCCGGUUGCCAUCCCACCCGAGGCUUGAAGAACGCUGAUCUCAAACUGCAUCUUGCAGAGCAGCAUUCCGACGUGCUAUCGCGCAGCACCACCGGGUCUGUUCCUGUCGUCAAGGACACUGUGACGUUGCGACCCUUCAAGCCGACUCCACCAUCUCCUCCUCCCUUCCCAGUUGAACGAAUCACGGGCUUGACCACGGUCGCUCGUAAUAAACGACCAGCCGUCUCAUUGCACUCUCGAAAGAGUAAACCAGUCCCUCGACACCCUCGACAACUGCCCAUGGCCCAAAUCGACGAAGGCUCUGAGGAUGAGGAUGGAGGAUACGAUUUUGACGACCUCGAGUCAUUCAACUCGAUGAGGGCAACGGCAAGACUGCCUGACCAGGCUAUUGUCGAGAGGUGUAUGAUUCUGGGGAGGCCGGAUUCUGGGUUGGAUAUGCGGCUUUCGCAGCCCCCGCCCAUGCUGGAUGCCGACCUCUACCCUUAUCGAGACCCACCACGAUUCAUCUUGUUCGACGCGUUCUCGAAGCGGGUGGCGGCUAUGCCGGACAUUGAAGAUUAGGUGUUCCUACAGUAUAUCCCCCUUCAUAAUUUAUGUACUACUUAAUUUGUCCUGUUGUCUGGUCAUACCUAUCGCUUGCGCUUUGCUGUUAUUACUCUUCCUUGUGCAUUUUCCACGAUUUUUACAUUAUCCCGGCCUUGUUUUGUAUUAUCCUCUAUAUGCACAGUCGCAACGACUAGAUG